AUGACGGACCCCAAUUCGUAUAUUGUCCCUGCUCGAGUCAAUAUACGGCUGGUCCCUUUGGGAAUAAGUCUGUCAACUUUUGAGAAAUACACAAAGUUGCUGAAAGAGAUCUUUGAGAUCAGACUAUUAGAUGUCACUCCAGAUAGAGGUACUUUCAACCCACAGGGAUUUCCUUAUGGAAGAAUUCUUUUCAAUUAUACGACUUGCCGGUGUGAUCCCGACAGUCUUUUCCUUUACGAUCUGGAACCAUUCAGAAAAGUCUUUAUUCUUGUCGGAGUCACGGAUGAAAAAUACAUAAAGGAUCAGGCACUGGAGGACUCUUUGAGACUGCUGAAAGUACAGAACCCAGACGUCAUUACCCAUAACCUCGUGGUGUUUGGUGAUGAGGCAAAAGAGGAUGAGCAAUUGAACAACUUGGAGAAUGUUUUUUUCCAAAAGUUUAGAUCUUUGGAGACGAUCAUGUGUGAUAUCAGUUCCAAUUUCCUGCAAUCCCUUUCUAAUUAUGCUGCAUCUUAUAAACAUGUCACUUUACGUUCUCCUGGAUCGAUUGCUAGUGGUAACAUUACCAGAAUUACCUCCUCUGCUGUUGUCACUAAUAUAAUUGAGAAGCAGAAGAAGCGAUUUAGUGUCAGUUUUGACCAGGGAUUUGAUCGCAAGUUAAGGGUAAAAGCCAGACAACAGAAACUUUUGGGAAAUCUAUAUUUACUUUCAGGCAGGCUGAAUGAUUCUUUGAAGGAGUUUUGUGAGUCUAUUUAUGGUUUGAAAAGCUGCAACGAUUAUUUAUGGCUAGCCUCUUCGUUGGAAGGAAUGGGAGUGUGUUGUUUGUUGUUAUCCAUGAUCGGAAGCUCCUUCACACUUCCCAAUCAUGUUCUUUCAAUUUUGAAUACAAUUACCAAGGAUAGCUUACUGCUUAACCUUGUAUCCUCCCCCUCAGCAUCACCCAGAUCUUCAUUGCAAUCAAUGACUAACAUCAACGCAAAUACUACAACCAACACAGCCAAUUCAAAUAAAGAGUUCGGGCAAGAGAGAAUAUUAGAAUUGUUAACCAGUGUUCAUGAUAAAGUGAUCAGUUACUACAAGCUGUCCAUACCUUCCGCCGACGAUUAUGUUCCGCAAAUAGUCUACUGUGAAACUGUUUUGAGAUAUACCAAGCUAUGCACCAUGGUUCAUUUGAACGGAAAAAUGGACAAAAAUACUUUCCCGUUCUUAGUAAACGGGAAAAAGGCCCCAAUAGAAAAUUUCCAGCCAAUCGUAUCGGAAAGCCUGGAUUCAAUUAGCACUUUUGACAGACUAUCGAUCGUCGCCAAUUUGCAGGAAUUGUCAGAUGUAGAAUUUGAAAAGCUCACUCUAGUCCAAAAAUGUCUAAUUUAUUCAAGUUUAGUGUCCAUUUACGGAGAUCUGCAGUACCACAGGAAGAAGGCGUUUUAUUUAAAGCUACUGCUAAACACAAUUCACCCUUCUCUUGGUAAAUUAGACGUUCCUGUCGACACAUUGUCAAAAUAUAGAGAACUAUUUGAGUAUCUUUUGACAGUCUAUAACAUUGAACAGUCAUCAAGCUGGUUACUGCUCCAGAAAAGCAUUCUAUUGGUUAUCUUAUCGUUUUCCACUAAACUGGAUGAUCGCCAAUUACUGUCUCGUGUCAGCUACCUUCUAUUGAACAGAUUUCACGAAGCACUCUCCACUAAAGAGCAAGAGCAUAUAUUCAAAACACAUUUGUCUAAUACUUCCGAGGAUCAGGAAUUCUUCAAUGACCAUUUGCUUCAAAAUCUUGGUUACCCUGAUAAUGGGAACAACUACAAGAUUUCUCCUUCAAAAGACAAAACCUUGGUUGUUCAAGGUGAAUCCUUUGUAUACAACCCAUACUUGAAAGAAAAAUCAAACUCUCCUCAAAGAUUUAUUAUCAUGAAAGAUGAAAUCAGCCAGGUCUCCCUAACUCUCUACAACCCUUAUGCCUUUGAACUGGACAUUGCAAACAUUGAGCUAACAACUGUGACUCGAGAUAUCAAGUUGAAGAUUCUCAAGGUUGAUUUCUUGAAGAAUGAGGAAAAUAGUCACUUUACUGCAAUCACACUAAAACCUAAAGCUAGCUUAAAUGUGUUAGUUAUAUUUAUUCCUCUUGACAUAGGGACAUUAGAGAUUGAUGGAUUCCAGGCGAAUGUUUGCAGUUGCAAGCAAACAAAGUUUAAAGUUGUUCAAGGUACUGAGAACCAUGCAGCAGCUAACUCUACUAGGUCGCUUAUAUUUGACGUUAUGCAUCCCCAGCCUGUGUUGUCUCUUACCUCUGUUUCAUUGCACAAUAGCUCAUUGAUGUUACUAGAAGGGGAAGAAACACAGUUUGAGGCUAAUUUGAAAAAUUAUUCUUCAAUACCAAUUGGAUACCUCCAGUAUGUCAUUACUGACUCCACUUAUGAGCCCUUGCUACAGAUUCUUUCUAACAGAAAAUUACCAGUCAACGAGAUUUAUGAAAUUGAGUACCAUUUAUUCGAAAAGAAGGCACUCAAGAUCCUCAAUGAAGAGGUAUUGGGUGAAAUUGAAAGCAAUAAAUCAGUUCGUCUUCAAGUGGGGAUACUUGGUAAAAGAGGAAUGAAGUCAGCUAACAUCAACCUGCAGUAUUGUCAUAAAAAAGGAGCUAAUAUGCUAAGAAACUUGGACAUUCCCAUAAAUGUAACAGUGUUUCCGAGUAUCGAAUUGGAUGCCUAUGAUUUCUAUCCUUUACUGGGCAGUUCACAGUCAGGAUUAUUAAAUGAACAGACUGGAUAUCUGUCGAAGUUCUUAUCAAGAAUUGUAUCAGAAGGGAAGAAAAUAUCUGACUAUUGCAUUUUGUCUUUAGAUCUGCGAAACUCGUGGAAUGAACCCUUGAAAGUUGAAUUCUCUUUAGCCACUGACGUUGAUUGUAACUUCUCAAUUAAGGAGACCAUUCCUUCGUUCAAGACCAGAAAACUACUACUACCCCUCAAGCGAUUUAAGAUAUCAGCAGAGAAACUCGCUGAACCAAUCCCAAAUUUUAGGGAGAAGCAGUUUAUUGUGGACAAAAUAUCCCCCGGUGAGAGAAAGAAUAUGCUUCAACUCUUCUGGUAUAGAUAUAAUCUCCUUCAAAUGAUUCAAGGACGAUGGAAAAAUGAACCAGAAACUAGAAUCGGGUCCGUAGAUACCCGAGGGCUUCGACUUUCAACCAAAAUGGUCAACACUCUAUCGGUUGGUGAAGUGGACAUUGAUAUCAAUCUUUUUCAAGACUCCAAAGAGAUAGAGGGUGAUCUUGUUCGACCUGUCAAUGUCCAUGAAUGUUACAAUGUAGUAGUGAACAUUCACAACAAUUCAUCUUCUGCUUUGAAAGGUAUCCUACGCCAUGUUCCAUAUUGCAUGCAGACCAAGAAGUCUAUUGACCAAAAGGUGCUAUUUAAUGGGACACUUCAGUAUGCCAUAACUGAUCCAAUUUCAACAGGAGCAUCAAGAUCUUUCACAAUGGGUGCCAUUUUUGUGGAAAAAGGCUUUUACGAAUGGGGUGUAAUCUUAGACAAUGAUGACAAUCAAUAUCUUGAAACAGAACCUCUGAAAGUCAUAGCCAGAUGA